UCUACCUCCAAAGCCGGUGGGGUGCGUUUCCCCGAUGAUGACGAGCCGCCCGGCUCUCCGACACGGAGAGAUGACCAGUCAAAUCUCUCUACUCUCAUUGCUAUCCUGGAGAAGGAUGGCAGCUACUUGGUCAAGGCUGGUUUCCUGAAGAGUCACCACUGUUAUGAGAUCAUCUUCACUGUCCCAGACAUUCCCACUUUGGGUAAAGACCUUUCCUGCGCUCCGUCCUGCUCUCCCUCCCGGAAACCCCAGAGCCUUCGUGUCCACCGAAUAAACUCCACGCUGGAGGGAGGAGCAAAGGUAACAUGUGAGUACCGCACUCACCAGGAGGGGGUGAUACAGGAGGAGAUCACUCUGGUGACUAGAGGGAGAAAAGAGAAGAACCUGAAGAUCAGGCUGCAGGCAAGAGUCAUUGACCCACAUCACGGGACUCCCAUGCUGCUGGAGGGAGUGAGGUGCCUUGCUGCUCAAAGGGACGCUCACACAAAGCACAGCGCUGACCGGAAGAGGAUAUAA